CACCACCACCACCACCACCACCACCACCACCACCACCAUCGAUAUCCUCGAUAUCCUCGUGUUCUCCGAUUUCGUCACCGUCGAGAUCCUCUCAAAGCUGCUUCUCAUCAGCAGAACUUGCCAUGUCCGCUUCCGCUCGUCCUUUGGCUGGCGCAAGUGCAUCGCGUUGCUACUCUGCCAUCCCGUCGCCGACUUGCCUUUGCAGCUCGGUUGGGAUCCGUCCUCGGCCGCCAAGCAGCCUCUCCAUCCCAACCACGGCCCAUCCGCUCAUGCCUCGCAUCCAUCCUCAACUCUUCAACAGCACCGACGCGAUGGCGAGCGUCUGCUUGCCCUUGGCCUCGACCAUCUCCUGCAUCGCACCACCACCGUCCCGCACGCCCUCGAGCACGGAUUCUGGGCCUGGGCCGUCGGCCAUCCUCCAAUCUUUGCCUCAACCAUGGCGCUCUGUCGCCGCAACCACGAGUCUUUCUUCAGCCGGUGGCUCAACGGCUCAUCCGUCCAUCCCACCGUCGCAUCGGCCAUCCGAUCUGUCGCCUCCCUUCCAGCUUCGUCUGCGGCAGUGCAGCCCACCGCUCUCCGCAUUCUAUACGACACGGGCUCAUGCCAUUCGCUCCCCGAUUGCAUCGGCAACCUUGCCUCGCUCCAUACCCUCACCAUCACUCUGGUCCAGCUCCAGUCGCUGCCAGAGUCCCUCGGAAACCUCCGCCUUCUCUCGGUCCUGAUCGUCAAUCUGAACGCCCUGCGCGCCGUUCCACUCUCCAUCGGCUUCCUCUCCAACCUCAGAUACUUGGACCUCAGCGACAACUGGAUCGAGUCGCUGCCCGACUCCAUCGGCAUGCUGCCCCAGCUGCGGCACAUCAACAUUUCACAGAACCGCUUGACGCUCUUGCCAGCCACUUUCGGCAAUCUCACUCAGCUCACAAAGUGGAUAUCGCACUCCAACUCCAUCCUCCGUCUCCCGUCAUCCAUCGGCCGACUCGCUGCACUCCAGGAACUUCAGCUCUCGUCCAACUGUCUCGACGGUCUUGUCGACUCGAUCGGCGGUUGGGUGUCGAUGGUCGAGCUCGAUCUCAGCCACAACCACUUGUCGCAGCUCCCCGACUCUUGGUCCAGCCUAUCGCAGCUCACUGUGCUGGUCCUGGAGCACAACCAACUGACCCAUUUGCCGGACUCGCUGGGCAAGCUCCCGAGCCUCGUGCGCCUCGCCCUCGACCACAACUGCAUCGUUUCGCUCCCAGACUCGAUCGGCCAGCUGCGUUCGCUACGCCAUCUCUCUGUCGUCCACAACAGCCUGACGACCGUGCCCGAGUCUGCAUCUGGACUUUGCUCCCUGAGCGAGCUGUUUCUUGGCCACAAUCGGCUGCAGGACCUGCCCGAGUCGCUCGGCAAGCUGCCGCAGCUCAUCCACCUGGACCUCGACAUGAACAUGCUGUCGACUCUGCCCUCUUCGAUCGGCUGUCUCGGACGACUGCAGGUCCUCAGCGUGCGCAACAACCGCCUCGACGCCCUGCCGGUCUCGUUCGGGGAGCUGCAUUCUCUGCGGAAUCUCCAGCUCGACAACAACCGCUUCGCGAGCAUCCCGCCAGCACUCGCCCACCUGCCGCAACUGCGGGUGUACUCUAUCGACGACAACCCGGUGUGUCUGUCGUGAUUGCCAGGGCGCCGAACGAGUGGGUCUGGGAAUGCGACGCGACCAACAUCAUGCCGAGCAUCAUGACGAGCAUCAUGAUGAGCAUCAUGACGAGCAUCAUGAAGUCAACUUGGCCCUCCACACAACACACAACACACAACAC